AUGUCGAUACAAGACGAUCACCCCUUUGGCAAAGACAAAGAGAAGCGUUCAAAAUGGAAGAUCUUUAGCUCCUCAAAAGACAAGGAUAAGGAGAAGGAGAAGGAGAAGGACAAAGACAAGCGCAAAAGUCAAGAACUUCAGAUCCCAGAAACAGCAGAGACUUCAGGCGAUUCGACAUACGGAAGCAGUGAACCCAAUAACUCAUUGACAACAGAGGGCGAUCUGAGCAACACAAAGAGUAACAGUGGAUUGAGUCCAGGGAAGACACCAAACAAUGCGACGCCUACCCCAAACCUCAACCCGAAUUCAGGGCCAGACUCUUACACCAGUCCGACGAUCAAAAGAGAAACGGUGACCAAUCCUAAUACGGGACAGACAAUUACAACUACAACGACGACUACGACUACUACCACGACCGUCACAAACUCCAAUGGCACAACCGAAACAAUUGAGGAGCCUCAUCCUGUCAUGGAGUUACCCACCGUCAGCAACCAAGACGUCACACCAUCUCCCCCGCAUCCACCACCUGUAACACAGCCCGAACCCGUACAACACAUAACGCCUACACCUGUUGAGCCAUCCCCAAUUACCCCAACAGCACGUCGCAAGAGUUUAGAGACUCCAGGCCGACGCCUAAUUCCGCCCCGCGAUCCAAUUCCCUCUCAGAUUUCCAGCUCAGAUAACAAUUCACCUGCAAUUCCUGAACGAAAUGUCAGACGCUCAGCGGAAUUCGUUCCAGCGCCUUUACAAGUUGGCCAGGGCGCUGUUCCGCCCCCGCCUCCGCCUGGGGAUAAACCUACUGUGAAUUAUUCCCGGCCUGCUAACAAAUCGACAUUUGCGAAUUUGAAGUCCGCUGCCGCUGGUAUCCAUGGCGCCGGCGAAACUCUUCGCGGAACACUAAACUCCAGCGUCGACAAACACUUCGGCGGCACUCCCCAAGCAAUUGAGAAGAACCAAGCAGCCAUCGACGCAGGCCGCUACGAGAUCGACAACCGCACAUUCUACCACCCAAAUGAAUACCGUCUAACACGACCAGAAGGCUCCGGUCCUUCCCCCGACAGGCCGCCAAUUCCUGAUGCUCAAUACGACGACCCGCCCUUCAACAUGGGAAACACGGCAGGAAGUCCUGCGGUGGCGGAUAAAGAGAGGGAGAAGAGACAUAGCAGAUUGGGAAGCCUGUUUGGUAAGAGUGGAGGACGGUCGGUGUCGCAACCUGGUGCUGAUGCGACGCCAAGAGCGGAGAGGGGGAAGUUGAGAAAGAGGAGCAGUUCAGGGCCGGGGACGCCGAAGUUGAGUGUCGUGGGGGAAUAGUAACGCGCCACGGGAGUUGUGUCGUAUAUCUAGCUUAAUGCCACAUUACGUACUCACCACGGGGAAGAUAUUAAAGGCAGG